GACGACUACUACGACGACUCUGGCACUUCGCCCCGAGCUUUCCUCGCGCAUCCGAGUGGCUCGCGCGCGCUGUUCCACAGCGCCGGUAAACGCGCGUCAGUGUUCACCGAGUAAUACAGAGAGACAGACAGAGAGAGAGAGAGAGAGAAAGAGAGAGAAAGAGAGAUACAUAGAGAUAGAUAGAUAGAUAGACAGAUAGAUAGAUAAAUAGACAGAGAGAAAGAAAGAUAGAUCGAACGAUCGAACUGAUCGUUGAAUCGAUCGAACGAGAUAAAGUUAAAUUGAGAGUAACAAGAGUUAGAAGUGUAACCGUGCGCGCAUCGAACAAUUGAAAAUAGAUAAUAAAUAGAAAAGACACUGAAAGAAAAGAAGAAAAUCAAAUUUUCGAGAGCGAUCUCUCGAAUGGAGGAUUAUCGUUAAUUCUUUUUCUUUUUGGUUGUUUUGUUCUGUUUUUCGUUCUUCGAGACGGGGGAUCUUUCUUUCUUUCUUUCUUUUCUUUUCUUUUUUUCUUUUGGAUCUUUUUUCUUUCCUUUUUCGUUACGUUUCAUUUCUUUCCCUUCAAUUUCAAUUUAUUCGUAAUACGGUUUGAUAAUUGAAGAAGGUUCGUUCGAACGGGAGUUAGUACUCGGUAAUGUGUAACGCGUUCGCGUUUAUUAUGUGAGUGAUUAUAAAAUACAUAUAUGUAGUUACAUAUAUAUAUACAUAUAUAUACAGACACACACAUAUAUAUACGUAUAUCGGAGUCGUGCGAUCGAUCGAGAAACGUUCGACGAUUUACACGAGGACAACGACGACGACAACAACGACGACCACGACGACGACCACGAAGAACAAGAAAAAGAAGAAGAAGAAGAAGAAGAAGAAAAGAAAAAAGAACAAGUAGAAGAAGAAGAAGAAGAAGAAGAAGUAGAAGAAGAAGAAGAAGAAGAAGAAGAAGAAGAAGAGGGAUAAUGGGAGAAGGAAAGGAUUUAUAACGACGCUACCGUCGGGGCCUGAAAUAACAGGAGAGAAAUGCACGUAGAGUGAAUCAGCUUCCUCUAAGCGAAUUUCCUAAUAGAUACAAGAAGCAAUAAGAAAAAGAAAAAGAAAGAAAGAAAGAAAGAAACAGAGAAAGAUAGAGAAAGAGAAAGAGAGGAGUAACCCGCAGUUACACCCUUACGUACGCUCUUAUCCCAGUUCCUUCGGACUUUUAAGAACGACAGUGUCUUCUCUCUCUCUCUCUCUUUUACUUUCGAGUGCGCUCCUCGAGAGCUUUGAGAAAAAGCAGAAGCGAGCGCGCGCGCUCGCGCGCGCAUUUACUCGCGAGCGCGCCGCCUUAUUCUCGCAAAGAGGAGAAGAAGCAGACCAUCUCUUCUUACGUGGAAAAAGGAGGUAGUAUAACGAAGAAGAAGAAGAAGAAGAAGAAGAAGAGAAGGAGGUGAAGGUGGAGGUGUUGUUGGUGAAGGUGAAGAAAAAGGAGGAGGAGGAGGAAGAAGAAGAAAGAAGAAAGAAGAAGAAAAACAGGAAAACACAAAAUAGAAAAAGAAGAGAAAAGAUAAAGGGAGGAUCGCCACGCCACGGUGUGGAACAAGACUCAUGCCUCGUUCGUAGCAUCGAUAUCGUUGAUAAGAAGGUGACGAGGAGAACGCGCAAAAGGAACGUAAAAGAACGGAACCGAACGGAACGGAACAGAACAAAACUGAACGGAACGUGACCAAAACGAAACGGAAGAAAUGGCAACACGAAAUUUCUUCAUUCUAGGAAUUCUCUUGGGGAUCUUGGAAAUCGUCUACGUUCGCGGACGGCUGAUUCGAUUAGUCAAUUCGUAAACAGAAACGAGAACGUUUUCGACGAAAGAGAAUAAGAGAAAGAGAAGAAGAAAAAGAGAAGAAGAAAAAGAGAGAAAUAGAAAGAGAAAGAGAGAGAGAGAGAAAGAGAGACGCAACAUCAUGAAACUCUCGAAACGUUUAUCGCUAUUCCGGGCGCACUUGGCUCACUCGGACGCAGAUGGCCGAGCUACGUCAUUCCCCGUUGAAUCGAGUCUAUUCGCCGGGAGGAUAGGUCGUAUACGUCUUUCUUGCCUAAACCCCAGACGCAACCCAACCCAACCCAACCCAAGCUACCCUCCUCUCCCCAUGUCUCCACCCAUUCCACCCAUUCCUCCCAAUCCUCCCAAUCCUCCCAAUCCUCCCAAUCCCCCCAUCCCCUAUCCCCCAUUCCCCCAUCCGACGUUCUCCCUCCACCAUCAUCGUGUGUCCUAACCCUCAGCCAACCUACUCAACCAACCCAAUCCCCAAGCAACCCAGCAAACCCACCCAACCACCCACCUCAUCGAUACGAAAACAAGCAUUCUUCCCCUCUAGACAUUCGUGUUUCGUUGGUCAUCUCUCUCCCCUCUCUGCACUCUCUCCUUUCCCUUUUCAAUACAACACAACAUAAUAAACAAGAAGGAAACACGAUCGAUCUGAUCUUCCCAUUUUAUCGAAGGAGAAGGAGAAAGAAGAGGAGGAAGAGGAGGAGAUAGAGUAAAAGAUGGUGAUAGAGGAGGAGGAGGAGAAGGAGGAGGAGGAAGAGGAGAGUACCGAAACUUGGCGAAAAUUACCGAAGGUCAGAAUACGUAAAUCGAGGAACGAAUGGAAUGAGACUUCGUCCGACGAUCCUCGUUCGAACGAUUGGACGUCGAGCGUCUUUGAAACGUCACGUGCGACGCACGUGUCGGGUCCACGUUCCGAACGAAAAGGUGGGGAGAAAGGAAGGAAGGAAGGAAGGAAGGAAGGAAAGAAAGAAGGAAGGAAAGAAGGAAGUAAGCAAGCUAGAAGCUAGAAGCAAGAAGAAGAGAUCUCUCGUUACGAGUAACAAUAAACUCGAUCGAUUUCCAAGAAGAGAGAGUAUAUCAUCAAACAACGGCGAGUACUCCGUACGGAAAUGCAUAUAGAAGGAUGUUUGAAGAACGACGAAAAUGUUGCUGAAGCUGCUGAAACGAGUUCGAUGCAAUUCGGGAGAAAAAGAGAAAGAGAAAGAGAGAGAAAGAAAAUCGGACGGAAUGUUCUCUUGCUCUCUCUCUCUCUUUCGUUUUCUCUUUCUCUCUUUCUCUUUCUGAAUUCAUUCCGCAACGAUUGGUCGUGGCAAAGAAGGACGACAUUGCCCUCGACAAAUUUCUAAAUUUAGUCAGAGGAGACAGACGCACGCACACACGCAUACACGCAUACACGCACCAUAUCUCUUGAAUCCGGACGUAAUCGUUUCCACGGGCGAGAAGUUGACUAUAAGGUGUUUACCAGACUACGACGGCGAGACUACGUGGUACAAGGACAACGUUAUACUGCGUCAUUCAUCUACGAGGUUGCGGGUUAUGAAGCAAACGCUAAAAUUCAAAUACGUUGAAAUCGGUGACGCCGGUUUAUACGGUUGCUCAACCGAAUCUGAUAAUAAUAAAACGAUCGAAUGGAGGAACGUUACUUUACGAGUUGAGGAGGCUUUACAAAACGAUGGCUACCGCGAGGAAGAUGGCAAAAUCGGUAACGUUCUUGAAGGAUUCAGACCAAGCGAGGAAACCAACGAGCUUGAAAUCGAGGCGAGAAAUCUACCUGAAACGCGUUCGUUGCAUUUGGACAGUGAGAAAUCGGACGUUGAAUUGGACAACGAUAAAGGUGAAAACGAAAUGGCAGGGGAGCAUAACAAAACGCUUCCCGACCGUCCACCUUCGUUCAACAAAAGCGACGAGAUGCAUAGCAGUAUCGUAAAACCUGCUGGAAAUAUGUUACGACUUAAGUGUCCAAGCGUCGGUAAUCCUAGACCUAACAUUACCUGGUUAAAAAACAACGAAGAACCGAAGAGAUCUCUUGGUACCAUGAUCAAAACAAAAUGGACGCUAAGACUGGAAGACCUCGUGCCAGAUGACAGUGGAAACUAUACUUGCAUCGUGUGCAAUCAUCUCGGUUGCAUAAGUUACACGUUCAAGGUCGACAUUAUAGAGACCGUGAGGCACCGACCGAUCCUGACGCGACCCCCACGAAACACAACGGUACUCCUAGGAAGCAACGCUAGUAUGACCUGUGAGGUCCUCUCGGAUGCCCAUCGUCAUCUCGAAUGGUAUCACGGUUGUCACACAUCUUUCGAUACCGUCAACAAAACGAAUCAGACUGUCCGGGUGGAGGUCAAGGCUGGUAUAGCCGAAAAUCCGGAAGUAUUGAAGCUCUACAACGUUACCGAAAAAGACGAAGGAUGGUACACCUGUAUAGCACAAAAUACAUUAGGGGAGACAUUCAGCAGUGCCUAUCUACGAGUCGUCGAAACGUUGGAGGAGCACCGUGUACCGCUUGCAGCGAGGCCACAAAUCCUGGUUAACGUUUUGGCUGCUGUACUAUGCGUAUUCUUCGCCGUCGGUGUCGUCGUAGUGAUCUACAUAUUUCAUCGUUUGAAACGCGAGAAGAUGAAGAAGUUAUUGGCUAUAGAAACUGCACGUGCCGCAGUCGUAACCCAAUGGACGAAAAAGGUUAUCGUUGAGAAGCAGAAACUGGUUAACGCGCAGAACGUUCAGGAACCUUUAUUGAUGCCAGUAGUCAAGAUAGAAAAGCAAAAGUCUACGGUGACGACGGAGGACAGCAAUGGCGGUAGUAUAUCCGAAUACGAAUUGCCACUCGAUAGCGCCUGGGAAUUGCCGCGAGAACAAUUGACCUUGGGCAAUACGCUUGGUGAAGGUGCCUUUGGCAAGGUCAUCAGAGCGCAAACCAAUACCGGGAAACCUGGUAUUCCUAGCGUCGUUGCCGUCAAAAUGUUAAAGGAGGGUCACACGGACGCCGAAAUGAUGGAUCUUGUAUCCGAGAUGGAGAUGAUGAAGAUGAUCGGCAAACACGUUAACAUAAUUAACCUAUUGGGCGCGUGUACUCAGGGUGGUCCACUUUACGUCGUUGUCGAGUUUGCACCUCACGGUAAUCUUCGAGAUUUCCUUCGUGAUCAUCGUCCAUCCUCUUCCGGAUACGAGCCAACGAUCGGUCAAGAAGAAAAGGAACGGAAGACGCUAACGCAAAAGGACUUGGUGUCGUUUGCUUAUCAAGUUGCACGAGGAAUGGAGUACCUUGCUAGUAGAAGAUGUAUACAUAGAGACCUGGCAGCACGAAAUGUUCUCGUUAGCGACGAAUAUAUCCUCAAGAUCGCGGACUUUGGUCUUGCAAGGGACAUACACUGUCACGAUUACUAUAGAAAAACAACGGACGGUAGGUUGCCUGUUAAAUGGAUGGCACCGGAGGCUCUUUUUCAUCGGGUCUACACCACUCAGUCCGACGUAUGGUCGUACGGCAUUCUGCUGUGGGAAAUAAUGACUCUGGGUGGCACACCAUAUCCAUCCGUACCCUCGGUCGAGAAACUUUUUCAAUUGCUGAGGACGGGACACAGGAUGGAAAAGCCACCGUGUUGCUCGAUCGAAAUAUACAUGCUCAUGAGAGACUGUUGGAGCUAUCAACCAAACGAGAGACCAAUGUUCGGUGAAUUGGUCGAAGAUCUCGAUAGGAUAUUAACGAUAACGGCGAACGAGGAAUAUUUAGAUCUCGGUUUACCCCAACUGGACACGCCACCAUCCAGUCAAGAAUCGAGCGACGAUGCCGAGGACGACGAAACCGGCGAACAAUUUCCGUACCUGUUAUAAAAUCUUUUCAGUUAAGGCUGAUAUGUAAAAUCCCUAUGCACGCUAUGAAAGCUGCGAUCGUUUAUCAAGGACGAGGAGAUCUAACCUCGACUUUUGACAAAACCAAAAAGGAAAAGAAAAAAAGAAUACAAAAUAAAUAAAAAAAUAAAAUAAAAAAUAAAAUAAAAAAUGAACAAUUGCGAGAGCGUAAACGACUGAUAUAUAAAACGAGCACGCCAAAUAAUGCAAAUCAGUAUUGACCUAUAGUAGAACGUAUAACAUAUUUUCUAGACUUUAAACCGAGCCCAAGCUAAUCGAGGAAAUAUAAAUGAAAUAUGUAUGUAAUUAAGUACAUACAUCGUAAUUUCUUUCGAUGGGCGAGUCGAGAGCCGGCGGAUCAAUUUUUUUACUUGUCUUUAUUGUUUCGUGCCAUGAACGCGUGCCUUGUUGAGAGAGAGACAGAGAGAGAGAGAGAGAGAGAGAGAGAAGAAAAGAGUAAAAAAUGCAUAAAAAGAAAAAAAGUUAAAAAAGAACAAACAAAAAAAAAGAAAACGAAGGAACAAAAAUGGCUUUCGAUGGACGCCCAAAGCCGCCCGAAUCGACGAAAAUUGUACAGCGAAAGAGAAAAAGUGAGAAAAAAAAGAGAGAGAGAGAGAGAGAGUGUACGUGUGUGUGUGUGCGUGUAUGUGUAAUAAAUAGAAAGGACAUCUUGCAAGAUGACCGAACAACGUUGGGGACACUCUAGGUGCAUGAUAUUGUGUUUAUAGCUAGUCAAUUUUUUUUUUUUUCCUUAAUUUGUACGUCUUCUUUUUUUCUUUUUUUUCUUUUGUAACAUAAUAGUUGUUUUAAAUCUGUUAAAAGAGUCCGUAUCUCUUUUCGAACGUAAACUCGACGUGGAAAAACUUAUAUGCAAAUACGAACGAAGGAAAAAUAAUCGGUGAUACGUAAUGCAAGUACGUAUGUAGUUUCGUUAAAAUAAAAUUAGUGGAUAUCAAGUCGAGUCAACGGGAUAGGGGUGAGAAAGAAAGAGAGAAAAAUGCAGAAAGAGAGAGAGAGAGAGAGAGAGAGAAACUGAACGAUCUAAAGUGCAUGUAAAUAAUCGAUGCACUAAAGCUGUGUAUGUAAGUACGUAUUGUAUGUAUGUAUUUAUGUUAAGUUCAAUUUGGAUAUAAUUUAUUCCUCUUACAUUGCCGUGUUUUUCGAAAAACACAUCUUACGUAGAUACUAGUAACCCGUUUUUAUUUUAUAUCGAUCUACCCCCUCACCAACGUAAGCGCGGUUUUUAAAAGAAAUCGAAAGAAGAAAUGCAUCGAAGAAGAAGAAAAAAGAAAAAAAAAAAGAACAGAAAAAAAAUGAAAUGUAAUAAAUGAUCGCCAAAAGUGUGUGUGUAUAGCCGAAUACGUCCGCGAUUUUUUUUUUCUGUCUUUUUUUUUUUAAUUCGAGAUAUUGUAAAUAUUGUAUCGAAUCCAUUAUUUAAACGGCUUACAUCGUAAAGGAUUAGCCGAAUGGUAAUACAUAAUAGAGCAUUUACCUAAGGGAUAUAGGGACGUAAUGUAUAUUCUGUGUAAAGGAAUAAUCAUUGUAAACGUGAGUUUUCAUAUGCAAUAAAUGAAAUCUUCUUUGUCGCACGGAU